UAUUUUCUAUGACUAUAUUAUAUAACUCGAUCUCUAAAGUUAUCAGAGUCGUAUGUAUGAUAUUUCCUGAAUGUAUUUAAUACUUGAGUAUUUCGUAUUACGAGGAGGGGUUACCGGUUGUAAAUGUUUGGGAGCGUCGUAUUGUCACUUCCAUUAAGCUCCGCGAGGGGCGGAGUCCCGCGGUAUACGCCCACCGCCCGCCCUGCGUCACAGCUCCCCACACGUCCUCGGCCGCGACACCGGGCCGCUGCUCCGCGAUUCACUUACACGAUUUACUCGCAAUCGCAUCACAUCUUAUUAUCCAAUAAUUAUAUUAAUCGCUUAUCGAUAUCACUAUUUAAUAUCAACCCGUGAGUCACCGAAAAAAGAACGAUUAGAUAUUUAGAAUCAUAAGGAUUUAAAGUGCAUUGUGUUAAGUGUAGUAUGAGUGUAUAAUGCAGUGUAAGGAAGGCAUAUCGUGGGAGCGGUGAGAGUGGCGUGCAGCGUGGCGGAGCGUGAGAUGGGCGGGGCGGGCGCAUGGGGCCGCGACGCGCCCGCGCUACUGAGCACGGCGCUGCUGCUGGGAGGCGCGGGCGCAGGUUCCCUGGCUGACCGCCCUCCACCGCCGCUCUUCACCAUCGACAGCAUCCUGGCGCCGCGACCGCCGCCGCAAAUACCGCCGCUGCAGCUUCAUCACCUUGCUCAUACACCCUUCCACAGAGCACACGAGCUUUUCGGUACGUGUGUCAGUAACGCAGUUACGAAUGCAAACAAUUAUGCAAAUCUAUAUGGUGGCUACGCGGCGGCAGCGCUGGCGGGUUUGUCGGGUCCACCUCCAAAACGUAAACGUAGACAUAGGACCAUCUUUACCGAGGAGCAACUAGAACAACUGGAGAGUACUUUUGACAAGACUCAUUAUCCUGAUGUCGUGUUAAGAGAGCAACUGGCGCUGAGGGUGGACUUGAAAGAAGAAAGAGUUGAGGUAUGGUUUAAAAACCGUCGUGCUAAAUGGCGAAAACAAAAGCGAGAAGAACAAGAAAGACUUCGUAAGUUACAAGAAGAGCGGGAGUGCGGCCGUGCAUUGGCUCAGCAAAGGGCACACAUCUCGUCGCCGCUACGGCCGCCGCCCGCGCCACCUACGCCUAGAUCUUAUACCGAUGAAUCUGAGGACUCUGACCUGGAGGUCGCCUAAAGUGAAGUGAUAAAAAUACAGCACAAUCUACCCCAUAUGUGUCAAAUACAAUCCUUGCAUUUUACGCCGUGAAACUCAGAACGAAACAAAUAGUUUUUUUCAAGGUCAUGGCAUAUUUUUAUAAUUUAACAAAAUUAAACUACCUUAACACGAAAGCAAGUCUAACAAACAAUAGCUCCUAUUUUCACAUUGAUACCAUUCGGUAUUAUAUCAGUAAUUUAAAAAUGGGAACAAAUUUUUAACGCACAUGCACCAACUGUAUAUUAAAAAUCUAUUUAUUUUGGUUUGAGGUUCGGUCGCUAAAAGCAAGUGUUUUUCUGAUUCGUGGAUAUUAUCGUUUUCAGGAAAUUAAUCCCUAGGGAAUGGACAGUUUUUGCCUUUACCCUAUACAUGGAUAAGGAAUUUUAAAAAAAUGCAGUGGACAUGAAUAAAAAGUGUAGUGCUUAGUGAUUUCAAAAACUUGUGUUCCGAAAGUUGCGGUUCGUCGAAUAUUGUGCAUAUUUUUUGUAAUUUAAGUUGCUGUAGAGAAUUUGUAACUUUUAUUUACUAAACGUAGGUAAGAAGUAGAUAUAUACAUCAUUAAGCAGUAAAAAUAAUUAUUUUUAUUUAUGUAAGGACAUGUAAGCAUAGGUACUAAAUUAUACCAUUUCUGUAUUUUAGUCGUAACCCAGAAAUCUGUAUGCACUAUUUUUAUGGUCUCAAAACAUUUCAAUAAAA